GCCGGCGGCUCUCAGGAGCCCAUCAUGGCGACGCCCCCUAAACGGCGGGCGGUGGAGGCCACCGCCGAGAAAGUGCUGCGAUACGAGGCUUUCAUCUCUGACGUGCUGCAGCGGGACCUGAGAAAGGUGCUGGACCAUCGCGACAAGGUAUAUGAGCAGCUGGCCAAAUACCUUCAACUGAGAAAUGUCAUUGAGCGACUCCAGGAAGCUAAUCACUCGGAGUUAUAUAUGCAGGUGGAUUUGGGCUGUAACUUCUUCGUUGACACAGUGGUCCCAGACACUUCACGGAUCUAUGUGGCCCUUGGAUAUGGUUUUUUCCUGGAGUUGACACUGGCAGAAGCUCUCAGGUUCAUUGAUCGUAAGAGCAGUCUCCUCACAGAGCUCAGCGACAGCCUCACCAAGGACUCCAUGAAUAUCAAGGCCCAUAUCCACAUGUUGCUAGAGGGGCUUAGAGAACUACAAGGCCUGCAGAAUUUCCCGGAGCCUCACCAUUGACUUCUUCCUACCUCCCCUAACAUUAAAGAGCCUGAAUGUCUUUGA